AUGCGUCCGAUCCGAAUCAUGAUUGUACGGGCAGAAAUCCCUGAUGUUAAGGAUGUUUCAGUAAUUCGUCGAACAGAGACUGAAUUAACAUUUGAAUGGAAAGUUGAAAACAGCAAUUACAGUUAUAUACUGGCAACAAAUGGCAUUGAAGUCUUUCCAAUCAGUGCAUCAGAAACUGAUUAUUUAAAUCAUACAGUCUCGUCUCUGUCUCCUGGGACUAACUACUCGUUCACACUCUACACUGUGUUUGAGAAUUAUACAAGCAAAGGAUUGAACUUUUCUGAUGUAACUGCCCUUGACUGUGCAUCCUUUAACUGGAAAGUUACCAACUCAUCAAUAGAGGCUGAAGUGAAUGGUUGCACAUAUGUGAAAGCUCAAAACAGCACUGGAAGUGAUAAAAAUUACCCUUUAAAUGACAACAGGGUGAAUCUGCAAGACCUGUAUCCUGGAGGAAGCUACACUGUUUCACUGUUUUAUGACUUGGAGUCAGAGCGGCUGCUACAAUGCUCACACCGCCUGACAUUAGUUCCAAAUAGUGUAUCUCAUCUCCGCUGUGAAUAUCAUUCUGGAGGGUAUGGUCUGGCUGUAAUUUGGGAUCCUCCAUAUGGAGUUGUGGAUGUGGUGCAGGUGGAUGUUGAUAGACAAAGUUUCAACAAAUCACAUAGUUCAGAAAAAACAAUAAGACAGGAGAUCAAUGGCCUGCAAGCUGCCCAGUGGUACAAAGUGACAGCAUCAUCAUUUUCUGGAGCCGUGAGGAGUCAAACAGUAUCAGUCAACUGCCAAACAAAUCCAGCAGGUGUUAUAGCAGGAGUACUUGUGUUUUUCCUCUUGGUCAUCAUUAUUUGUGUUGCUGUAUUUGUAUGGUGCCGCUAUGGUUCUGCAAAGCACAAUAAGUAUGAUUUUUUUGUGGAGUCAAAAGUGCCUAAUAAAAACUACAAACCGAUUUCCUUGGAUAAAUUUCCUGAAUAUUAUCAAAACAUGAGUCGUGAUGAGAAUAGAGGUUUCAGUGAGGAAUAUGAGGACUUGAGUUCAGUUGGUAUAGAACAGUCUAGUAUAGCAGCUCUUCUGCCUGAAAACAAGGACAAAAACCGAUUUGCCAAUGUUUCAGCCUAUGACUCCUCUAGAGUGCAUCUCACCACAAAGGAUGAGGGUGAUUCUGAUUAUGUCAAUGCUAACUACAUGCCUGGCUACGGCAAUGCAAGCAGACAGUAUAUCGCUGCUCAAGGUCCACUGCCAUCCACUGUCAAUGACUUCUGGAGAAUGGUUUGGGAGAAAAGGUCACAGGCCAUCGUUAUGUUAACCAACUGCACUGAGAGUGGAAGGGUCAAGUGUGAGCAAUACUGGCCACUGGACUACACGCCAUGUCUCUAUGGGAACCUGCUUGUUACAGUGAAAUCGGAGGAUAAAUUUCCAAGUUGGACUCUGCAAGAAUUUAAUGUCAAAAAUAAAGACACCUCCGAGACACGAACAGUGAGGCACUUCCACUUCACAGCAUGGCCGGAUCACGGUGUUCCCGCUGGCACAGAGGAGCUGAUUCAAUUCAGAGCACUCAUUCGUCAGCACAUAGAGAGCUCUUUCUCUGCAGGGCCAACAAUUGUACACUGCAGUGCCGGAGUGGGCCGGACAGGUACCCUGAUAGCGCUGGACGUCCUGCUACAGCAGCUGCACAAAGAGAAGGCGGUGGGAAUUGCAGCGUUUGUCAAGCAAAUGAGACUCAGCCGGCCACUAAUGGUGCAAACUGAGUCUCAGUAUGUGUUCCUGCACCAGUGCAUCAUGGAUAGUCUACAACCCAAAGCUGGGCCUAAGUCAGAGCCUCUCUAUGAAAACUCAGACAUGAUCUAUGUCAACGCAAUAGCAUUAAAAGAUUAUGACAAACAAAGUCAAAUAUGAACAAAUAUAAGCCAUAUCAUAUGGUCCAAUGGCCCAUUUCAAAUACAUACCCUUCAAAAAAUAAAAACUGAAAGCCUAAUCCAUGAAGUUAUUAUUAUUAAUAUUAUUUUAGAUAAAACACUCUUCUGCUAACAAGGCUGAAAGAUACUGGCCAUGGUAUUUUGAGCCUAAGAUAUAAAGCACUAAAUGUUUACCAUUUAAACUUAA